AUGGCAGUAGCAUCGAUGGAACCGGCGAUACCGGCGUCGUUGUAUGUGGGGGACCUGCAUCAGGAUGUGACGGAUGCGCAGUUAUUUGAUGCAUUUUCAGAGUUUAAGAGUCUGGAGUCUGUACGCGUCUGCCGUGAUUCCUCCACCAGCUGCUCUCUCUGUUAUGGCUAUGUCAACUUCAUCUCCUCGCAAGAUGACGCAAGAAGAAGCGGGAUUGGGAAUGUGUUUGUCAAGAAUUUAAGUGACUCCAUUGAUAGUGUGAAAGUUCAAGAAAUGUUUCAGAAGUUUGGUAAUGUAUUGUUUUGUAAAGUUGUCGCGUCUGAUGAUAGGAAAAGCAAAGGAUAUGGCUUUGUCCAGUUUGAGUCUGAAAACUCUGCAAAUGCUGCCAUUGAGAACCUUCACGGCUCCACUGUUGGAGAUAAAUAG